AUGGCCGGGAAGGUGGCGCUGCUCCUGUGGGCCCAGACCCUCGGCUUCGCUGGCACCCAGACCACCUGGAUCAUCGUGGAGCCCCCCUGGACGCCAGCGGUGCUGUGGGACCGGGUGACACUGACCUGCCAGGGCUCGGGGACCGCCAGUGCCACCACCUGGUACAAGGAUGGGCAGCGCUGGGGGCAGCAGGGAUGUGACCGCCUCACUGUCACUGAGAAUGGCACCUACGAGUGUAACAGACCCGGCAGUGGGCUCAGCCUCCCCAUGAGAGUCUUAGAUGACUGGCUGGUGCUGCAGGUGCCAGCAAGGCCACUGCUGGAGGGGGACAGGGUGACACUGCGCUGCCGGGACCGGUGGAACAACCUGGUCACCUGGGUGUCCUUCUACCAUGAGGAGAAGCAGCUGGUGGAGCUCCGAAAUGGGACAGAGCUGACCCUGUUCCCUCUGCAGCUGCACCACAGUGGGCGCUAUCGCUGCAAGGGAUGGCUGAAAGACAGGGAGUGGGUGGUGUCUGCACCAGUGACAGUGACAGUGCAUGUGCCUGUGGCCAAUGCCACCAUCACCCCUGGUCCCCUGUCACAUGAGGUGCGCGCAGGUGACCCUGUGACCCUGCACUGCUCAGUGCAGGUGGGCUCAGCCCCUGUCACCCUCACCUGGCUGCACAAUGGGCAGGAGGUGGCCCAGGGUCCCCUCCUGGAGCUCAGGGCCAUCGCUGUGGGACAUUCGGGCACCUACCAGUGUGUGGCCACCAACCAGCUGGGACAGGAUGGACACCACGUGUUCCAGGCACUCAGCCCUGAGCUGGCACUGAUGGUGACAACAUGGGGACACAGGGACACAGCAGUGGCUGUGAAUGUCGGCAGGACCCUCCUGUUCCUGCUCCUUCUCCUGGCUGUCUUCGGGGGCUGUCACUGCUGGCACCACCAUGCUGCCAGGAAGCUCCAGGACAGGGCCCCCAUGGGUGUCCCCCAGCCCUGCCCCACCUCGGGAUCCACAAGUGACCAACGCGGAGCUGUCAGGACCCAACGAGGGACAGUGGACCCCUGUGACUACGAUGAAGUGCUGUGA